AUGGCACUCGCUAACACAAUCCGGAGAACAGCUUCAAGAGUUGUACCUUUUGCCAUCCGGGCUUCAUCUGGAAAUCAAAGGUACCACCACUGCUCGCCCCUUCUCGCUGCUAUGAAGACCCACGGUGAUCUCUCUCGAAAGUUGUUCCCGAGGUCGUUUCCGGUUUCCAUUCAUCACUAUUCCACUAAAAAGCCGAGCUCUGAUGAGUCACUCCUGCGAGUCAUCGAAUCCGAGAUUCAGUGUGCCCAGGAGGGCGAGGACGAUGACGAGGUUGCAGAGGUGCCUCAGGGCUUCCCUUUUGAAAUUGAAGACCAUCCCGGACAACAAACCAUAACCCUGACCAGAGACUAUCAGGGUGAAACUAUCAAUGUCGAAGUUCACAUGCCUGACCUUGUAACUGGUGAGGAGAAUGAUGAUGACAAUGACAAUGAUGAUGAAGAAAGAGGUGCUCAGUCGAGUAUACCUCUUGUCGUCAGAGUUUCAAAGAGGAAUGGACCCUCUUUAGAGUUUGGCUGUACGGCAUACCCUGAUGAGAUUGCAAUCGACAGCUUGUCUGUUAAGGAUACUAAUAGCUCGGAAGAACAAAUAGCCUAUGAAGGACCAGAUUUCUCGGACUUGGAUGAAAAUCUGCAAAAGGCUUUUCACAAGUAUCUAGAGAUAAGAGGAAUCAAGCCCAGCACAACCAAUUUCUUGCAUGAGUACAUGAUCGGCAAAGACAGCAAAGAAUACGUUACUUGGCUAAAGAACCUCAAGAAGUUCGUAGAAGCAUAA